AAAUAAUAACUUAAUCAAGGGAAUUGCUUGUUUAAGUUUUUGAUUAAUUUUAAAAUUUAGAUAAAUCACAAAAGUGAAAAUAAGUAAGUAAUCAUUUCAAUUUUUAUUUCAAGUUAGGAGAAAUAGAGAUACUUAACUUAGAUUUAAAUCGAGAUAAGAAGAAAUUAUAAAAAAUUGAAUAUGGGAAUAUGUGGAGCUAAAAUGAAAAUAGUAGCUGAGCCUGUUUAAACAGGUAAGACGCCUGAAAAUAACAGAUAAAAGAAAUAAAAAUAGAGGCAAAAUAAUAUCAAUUAAUAAAAUAAGUUAGGAGAAGAACUUAAUAAUUCAAAAAAAGAUGAAAAGGCUCAUAAGAUCUAGUCCUCUUAAAAAAAUGUCAUAGUUCAAGCUAAUUCAAAAAUAAAUAAAUAAAAAAUGUAAAAGAACAAUGCUAAAAGCGAUAGCUAAUUAGAGGCUAACGAUUAAUGUAGCCAAAUUUAAGAUCUAGAUGGAAUAGAUGGAUCAGAAGUAUUUUAGGUGUAAAUGUAAAGAAGUAAUCUUUAAAGUGAUGGGUAUAGGGAUAGAGUAAAUUUUAAUAAUUAAGAUUAUGAUAGAAAUGGUGAUAUGAGUUGCCGUAAUUAGGAAACAAAAAGAGUUUUAACUUUCAAAAAAGGACAUAUUAUUGAUAGAGGGUCUUAUGGUGAAGUUUAUUAAUGUUUAGAGGUAAAUACAGGAUAACUGUAUGCUAUAAAAACAAUACGUAAGAAUAAAGACAAGGCGGUCUUAGAAAAGGAAGUGUAAUCUUUGGCUAAAGAAAUAAAAGAAUACAAAAAAUUAUCUCAUAAAAAUAUAGUUAAGUACAUCGAUACUGAACUAGAUGAAGAUGAGAAGGGUAUCAAUAUAAUAUUGGAAUAUGUUUCAGGAGGGUCGAUUCGAUAAAUGCUUGAUAAAUUUGGCAAGUUUAAUGAGAAAGUUAUCUCUAUUUAUACAAAUUAAGUAUUACAAGGAUUAAAGUACCUUCACUCGAAUCAUGUAUUUCACAGAGACAUAAAGGGAGGUAACAUACUGAUAGAUACAGAUGGCACUAUCAAAUUAACUGACUUUGGUACUUUAAAGCUUCAUAAAAAAGAUGCUUACAUUAAUCACAGUAAGAGUCAAAGUUAAUUAUCUCAUAAUUAGCUAGACUAUGGUACCAUUUAAAGCUAAAAGCCAUUUUGGACUGCCCCAGAAGUAUUAAAAAAUGAGGAUUCCCAUGAUGCAUCUUCUGAUAUUUGGAGUGUUGGAUGUCUAGUUAUUGAAAUGAUAACAGCUCUUCCACCAUAUUAUAACUUAAAUGAUAAAUCUUCAUAAGAAAUAACAAAGUACAUUAUGGAUGGCAAUAUUCCAAACUUUCCUGAGAAACUCAGUGAGCAGUGUCUAGAAUUUCUUUAAAAAACUCUCAAAGUCAAUCCUAAGGAGAGAGCAACUGUAAAUGAAUUAAUUCAACUUAAGUUUAUUGCUGAGCCUGACCUAAUUGAGCUAACUUCUGAGUAGUAUAGUCCUAAUUAAGUUAAAAGUGGUAUGUUUUAGUCUUAGACAUCGCUUGGAUUUGUUCAAAGAGAAUUCCCUAACAACAAAAAUGGAUUAAGAAUUUAAAACGAUUUUUAUAAUGAUGAACCACCUUAGUUUAUGAGGGAUGCAGGAUUUUUUGAAAAUUAAGAUAAUUAUAAUGCAAAUAAGAAUGAUAGAAAUAGAGAAGAUGAGAGUUUAAUUGAUUUAAAGGGUCUUUCUGUCAUACAAAAUGACAAAUAAUUUAAAAAAAUGACUAGAGAUAAUACACCUUUAUCAAAAAAUAAUUAGCAACAAUAAUAAAAUUAUAAUUUCGAAGAUCAAAUCCAUUACAUUGAUAAAAUACACUAAAAAGAGUAGCUAGCCUUUGAUAACUAAAUUAAAAGAAUAAUGCUUGAGUCAAAACAGAAUUUUAAUGAAGCCAGGGAUGAAUAUCAGUAGUAACUUAUGUCGUAGUUAAAGGAGUUCGAAGAUAAAACACAGCAAGAUUAGAACUAACAAAAUUAAAAUAAUGUAAAAAAAUAAGAAUAGAAAGAUGUUGAAGAUGAAAUUCUAGAUUUAAUUAAAAAAAAGAAAAAUAAGAGGAAAUAAGGCAAUAAUGCUGGAGCUAACACUCCAUAACAAAACAAAAACUCAUCGACUAGCACAUUUGAUACUUCUAUGUAAAAUCCACCCCCAUAAGUUAGAUACUAAGUAUUAUUUAAUAACCCAAAGGAUAAUUAUAAAUUUCUAAGUUAAGAUGAAACAAUUUAGCAUAAUGAAAUCCUUCUCAAAAAGUAAUAUAAUGAUAUUUAACAGCCUGAGUUAGAUCAGUCACCAUAAGCUUCGAAAUAAAAUCACUCUUAAAAUUAAGUUAUUCCACUCUCUAAAUUUAACAGUUUAAAAUAGUAGCAAGAGAAUUAAGAAGAAGCUUAAAAUAAAACUUAGGAAAAAAAUGAUUACAUUAUUGAUAACUCUAAAGUUAAUGAAUCGAGUGGAUAAAUAAUUUAAUAAGAUUUACAUCAUGUAAGUUCAUAAGGAAAAAGUCUAAAAAAAGUGGAAUCUUCAGAAAAAAAAUUAUAAAUUUUAUAAUCAGAUCCUUUAAGUUUGACUUCUUUAGGGAUUGGAGGAUUUGAUAAAUUCAAUGUUGAUCAUUAAGAUUAAAUAUUAUAUAACUAUAAGAUAAACUAAAUAUAACCUAAGAAAUCUGGGAGACAUUAAAGAAAUAAAACAGAUUAAAUAGGAUAAAAUCACAACUAAAAUGAAGCCUCAUUUUUUAAAGAGGUUAAAAGAGAUAUGAAUGGAGGGAACAGAGAUAACUUAGUAACUUACAGUUCAAAAGAAAUACAAUCAGAUUUAAACAUAGAGGAUAUAAAUUAAUCUAAUAUUGAAAAUAUUCAUAAAAAUGGUUAAUAUGAUGAAAAUAAUAUAAAUAACCUCUCAAGAUCAUCUUUAAAUAGAAAGCACAAAAAGGAAAAUAAUUCAAAUAAUAUUUUCAUCGAAAAUUUCUUUUGA